AGAGCGCCGCCUCGCGGUCGUCAGCGCAGGCGCGGCCAUGGCGGCGGCCGGCAGCGGGGAGGGCGCGAGCGACAGCCUGGCGCUGUGGGCCGAGGUGCGGGCGCUGCUGCCCCGCGCCGAGGACGGGCUGACCUUGGCGCUGAGCGGCGAGGUGGAGGACUGCGUCCUGCCGCUGCUGCGGCGGGCCCGCGCGCUGCUCUACGGUGCGGCAGGCCGGCCCGGGACGGCAGCGGCAGCGGCGCUGGAGCGUCUCGGCGACGUCCUGCGUGACUACUCUUGGGAGAAGCUGAACGCGGGGCCAUGGAGGGAGGUCGGCAAGGGCUGGCGCCAGGUCUACGCCUACGGCUGCCUCUUCGGGGCGCUGGCCGAGGUGGCCGCGGGCCGGCCGCUGGCGCGCGCCGUGCGGCUCUGCGACCUGGGGCUGCUGAUGGGCGCCGCCAUCCUGGACAACGUCCUGGCGCGCCUGGUGCGCGCGCUGCAGCCGCACCUGCCCCGCGCGCCCCCGCGCGCCCCGGGCGGCCUCGCGCGCCCCCGCGCGGGCGCCGCUGAGGGGCAGCGGCCGCUCCCGAGCCCCCGGCCGGCGCCGCCCGCCCUGCGGCCGGAGCCGCCCGUUCCGCGCCUCCGCUGCCCUUCGCUCCAGCACUUCAGAGACAACUACCUCCUUCCCCAGCGGCCUGUGGUCCUGGAGGGCAUCAUGGACCACUGGCCCUGUAUGAAGAAGUGGAGAUUCCGACAGUCCCAGCCUUCAGCUGUCCCAGGAUCCCAAUGGCAACACCUGGGAACUCACGAGAAGUGCACAUUGCUGCUCACAGCUCAGUGGAUGUGUCAAGGACACACAUCAGUGGUUUUUACCCCUUGCAGCUUGCCGAUAAUUACUGCAAUGGAAAGUGAAUUUCAGAGCCAAGAUGUGGACUAUUUCUGUCAAGUCGCAGGGUGCCGCACAGUCCCCGUGGAGUUGGGUGCUCGGUACACAGACGAGGAAUGGUCUCAGCAGCUCAUGACUGUCAGUGACUUCAUCAGCCAGUAUAUCAUGGAUGAGAACAAUGUAGGAUACCUUGCCCAGCACCAGCUUUUUGAUCAGAUUCCAGAACUGAAAGAAGAUAUCAGUAUCCCUGACUACUGCUGCCUGGGGGAAGGGGAAGAAGAUGACAUCACCAUUAAUGCCUGGUUUGGUCCAGGAGGCACAAUCUCACCUCUUCAUCAGGAUCCCCAGCAAAAUUUGUUAGCCCAGGUAUUUGGAAGAAAGUAUAUCCGUCUCUAUUCACCACAAGAUUCAGAAAACCUGUACCCCCAUGAAAGCCAAAUUCUUCACAACACUAGUCAGAGCACAGCUGCUUAUCAAUGGCCUUACGUCAAGACAAAUUCUUCUGCAUCUAAAGAAGGGACAAAACUCAACCACAAUGCUAAGUAGAAGUGUUCCAACUCCAGCCCUAGGUCAGAGACUGAGCCAGCUGCCUUGCACACACUGCACUGAUUUUUCACCUGCUUGACAUGCUACAGCAAGUGUCAUUUCCAUUGUCCAACUGAAUUUGUACUGUUGCUGUACAAAUAGGAAGCCUUUGCUGAGAAAGGCUUCUUUCAAGAGUUCAGUUGCAUAUAUCAAAUUGCAGGACUGACUGCAACACUUGCAUCUUUCAUCCCCAAACAUGCACUGAGAGUGCCAACCCAAGAAUAUGGAGAAUUAAUAACAGAAAACAGCCUCCAAGAAAGCUGUGCAGGCAUUACUGUGAACAGGAACAUCAAUGAUCAUUUUAUUGUAAGAUUCUUAGAACUGUAGAAAAUGAGUACACUGAGUACUCUUACUAAUGAAUACAAUACAGUCUGGCUGUUCUGCCAGAGUGGGGGCAAACAGAUGUCUCUGAUAUCAAGUUUUACUGGCAUCAUCUAGGACCAAGAGUGGAGCUCUGUGUUAAGUCUGGGAGCCCAUCCGACUCACACCUGUAAAGAAAACUAAAGGAAGAUUAAUGGACAACACAAAGAGAAAAGAUAAUAUUGUAUAGCCACCUUUUCUAAAAUGCUUUGUAUAUUCUUCUGUUGCUGUUCACAAUGUCCAAUUUCCCUGGACAAAUGGAGGAAUUCCAUAGAGAUUCUAGGAAGCUGGGUAUUUCCAGAAGCUUUAGCAUCAUGGGUUGUGUGUGCCUCUAUUCUUUCCCUCCUCCCCCACCUCCUAAAGAUAGUUAAAAAAAAUAUGCACAGGGUCUGCUAAUGCCCCUGUGGCACUCUUUGGGUACUGUGGGGGCUCAGUACUGCCUGUGUGUGGUUUAGUGUCUGAAACAUAGCACUGAAGUCAGAAAUAGCUGAUACCCACAAUUAUAAAUACUACAGGCAAAGCCACUGAAUAUCACAGCCCAUUUCCUAGUGUUAUUACAUUCAAUUUUUUUAAAAUACCUUGCUUAGUACCUGGGGUAUCACAAGACCAGAAUUCAUUACACUCGGGACAGCGGGGUUCAGUCUGGCCUCUGAAGUACUUUCUGACACAAGGUAAGUGCAUUCCAAUUCCACAGGAUUCACAUCCUUGGCUCUGAAAUCAGGAGUGUUGAUUCAUAAAAUCAUUCUAAACGGUCUUUCAAUUUAAGAGAAAGUGGUUAUGAAGUGCAGCAGAUACGUAACACUUUGUUCCAAAGAAUGGUUCCCACAAUACGGGUGGUAGACACACUCAACAGUCAAAGCUGGUAAAUUGGCUAAAGCAGAUCUUUUUCUGUAAACUAGGAAAUACUAUUUCCCUAUAUGGACAAAAUUUAGCUUGAAAGACAACCAUUUCAGUGCAAUAAAGGAGACUAAUCAGGGUGGGAAAAAGUAACAUGGAAGCAUGUUAGUUGGGCAGAUCAGAAGAUGCAGGCUCACACAGCAAGAAAAUGUAGCAGUUUUGGAAUACGAAUCCAGGCUGUAACUACUUAAGCAAGAUGGAACUGCUAACAUCCCAGCUAUCAAAACACGGUGCUUUAGCAUGGUCUACAUAGCACACAUGUUCCUUCUGAGGUCCAAACACAAGCAAUUCCUGAACUAAAAUCCCAGGACCAAAAAAGAAUGUGUCACACUAUUGACGUCUAUUGGCAAGGCCCGAGGAGGACACUGGUAACACCUCACUGCUAAACCUCUUUCAGCAUCAGAAGUUCAUCUCUAACAUGCUGGUUUGGAAAGCCAGACAGCACAACCAUGUUCCUCAUUGCAGGAGUGCACUUUUCCAAUUUUAUACUUGGAGAUACUACUACAAGACAAUUUUAUUUCUAAAGACAGAAGAUAAAAUGCCUAAAA